GUGUGAUUGUAGAGUGUAGUGUGAUAGACUGGUGUUGAGACCUGAGCUGGAGUGAAAGUUUUCAUUGAGUCAAGAAGGCUUCUGCCAGAGGUGCGGUUAAAAAAUGAGCGCAUUCAGAACUACAGCCAAGACGUCGCAUCUAAAAGACAACAGCUGGAUCAGAAAACCAAAUAAUGAGGAUGAACCUGUCGACGACGAUCCAAACUUUGGCAAAGCUGUUCUCAGCCGACGCAAAUCCAAUGACAUUUUAGAGAGUUCAGAGCCUGUAGAACCAACCCCCACCAAAACUACAUCAGUGCACGAGCUCAGCAAGAGGUUCACUGGAAGCCAGAGGGACCUGGAGACCUACAGCACUCUCCCUCCCACUAAGACCUCCUACACUAAAAGUACAUAUUCAUCUGUGAACCCGGAUUCUCCCACACUCACCACCACAACCAAGACUACUGUGACAGAGUAUCCAAAGACAAGCACCAAAACCACUGCAGUCACCAAGGACGGAACAACCACCGAGACCAUCAUCACCACCACCGAAAGUGUCAGAUCUCCUGUGUCUAAAACUCCAGUCAGUUCUGAGACAUUCUCCGAGCGGGUCAAGUCUUCCACCAAAGGGCAACAAUACCCGACCUACUCACCCACCAAAACAACAACCAAAGUGAUAGAGAAGACUAUUACCAGCACUCAAGAUCAGGAGGACAAACCUUAUAACCCAUUAUCUAUCAAGGAUUCUCUCUCACCCACAGACAGCGAAAAAACGAGCUCAACAACUGAGACUGUGGUACUGAAAAGCAGCUAUGAUACAAACAAAUCAACUGUGUCCACUACUGAGACUGUGACAUUGAGAAGCAGCUCUACUGAUGAUGUUUUUAGAACUACAACCACCGAAAACACUUCCUCUACAGCUGAGGAUAAGCUGUAUGACAUCCUGCUGCCUAGUUCCGUCAGAUCUGACUCGUAUUCCCCAAUCAGCAGUACAUCAAGCAUCACAAAGAGUGAGACUAUCAUUGUGGAGAGCAGCAGAGGAAAAGAAAGCCCCACUAUGACCCGCAACCUCUCCAGCUACAGCUCAUACUCAAAAGAUACACCCUCCACCCGCACCACGUCCUACACUGUAACUACCAGUGACAACUACAGCAGUGAUCGUAACACCUACACUUACUCCAGACCAGACUCCAGUUAUGAGUACACCAGCAUCACGAGUCCCUCUGUCUACACUUCUUCAACAUACAGGAGCAGGAGCAGGUCAGAUGACAUUCUGUCAGACCCAGCCUACUCAUCGUCAUCUGUAAAGAGCGUGUAUGCAUCUCCUGAAAGGACAGUGCUGGAGAAAGACCUGUGCACAACCUGUCGUAAGCCCUUCACCGUCGAUGCCAAGAUGGUCCUGGAUGACAUAAAGAUUAAAUGCCAUGCUUCCUGCUUUAAAUGUGAGGUGUGUAACAUUACUCUGGGUAAUCUGAAAGCUGGGGACAGCUUGUGGAUUUACAAACGCAUGGUGCACUGUGAGAACUGCUUUGAGGUCACCAAAGAAAAAUGGCGACGCUGAUCCUCCAAAAACACUAAAUGGAUUAUUGAAUAUCAGCUUUGGGUGUCAUGGGAACUCGUGGACUUGCAUUAUAAUGAGCUGACAAAUCUUUAUCUGGGUGUUUUGUGAAAUGUUAUUUUAAUAACAUAAAUGCAGUAUAUUAUAAAACAUAUAGUAGCUGUAUUGCCGUGAUAUUGGUGUUUCUGUAUCUACCUCUAUACAACAUAUCAGCUUUUAUUGUCUUUGGCUUGCAUCUUUUAGGGAAACUCUUCUUUCUAAUAUGAAACCUUGAGAUAUUGAGGGCCGGGGGCUUUUUCUUUGUGCAAU